AUGGUUUUUAAUAAGAAAUUUGUAGAAAUUGGGCGCGUCGCCUACAUCGUAAGCGGGCCUUUUUCUGGACGAUUGUGUGCCAUUAUUGAUAUUAUUGACCAGAACAAAGCUCUGGUUGUAGGACCUGUCACAGGUGUUCCUCUUCUGGCAAUCAACUUCAAAAGUUUGCAUUUGACUAGAUUUGUUCUUAAUUUCCGUCAUUCUGCCAAAAGUCAUGAAGUGAAGACUGCUUGGGAAAGGAAAGCCAUUAACAGGCGUUGGGCUCAAAGUCAAUGGGCAAAGAAAAUUGAAUGCAGGAAAAAGAAAGCUAAAAUGACAGAUUUUGACAGAUACAAGUUGAUGAGAGCCAAGCAAUCGAGAAACAAGAUUAUCCGUUUAGAAGUUGGAAAACUUCGUAAGAAGCCACUUAGAGACGUCUUGCCUAAAACUUCACCCCCAAAGCCCAAAGCCGUAUACAAGCCAAGACCCAAAUCAAAGAAGCUUGUAAUAACCAAGGGCAAAGAUACCAAGGGAAAAGCAGCAUCUACAACGGAGGUGAAAAGUAAAAAGUCUGUUGCAGCUAAGUAA